AUGUCGGUGCCGCCGAGUCGGCUCUUCGAAAGAGACGAUACUUGCGGCGAGCCCAGCUUCACCAGAUGUCCGCAGACCGGACUACCCGACAACUUUUGCUGCAAACCGGAGACGUCGUGCGUGGUGUUGGCGGGCUUGACAACCGUACUGUGCUGCCCAGACGGCCAGGACUGCGCUGAGAUAGCUCCCAUAUCGUGCGACCUAAACCUGCAGAACGCCGCCUCAAAUCCCAAGGCAGAUGUUAAGACGACGGUACUCAGUGGCAAGCUGCCAACGUGCGGGGACAACUGCUGUCCGUAUGGAUACACGUGCAAUGACGACGGGAACUGUACUGUAGAUCAGGACCAGAGCAAGAAGCCCGGAGACGGCUCUUCGUCGGCCACGUCUGCGGCCGGUGGUGGUGCAACAACGAAACCCUCUUCCACAAAUGCUGCCUCGCCCACCUCUUCUCCGGCCCAAAUAUCCGCUCACGCCUCAUCAACGGCAUCAACCGGCGCAGGAGCCACAGCCGCACCAGCAACGUCCGGUACCCCCAAACCUGCCAGUGGCCAUGGCGCCGGCGGUGGCGGCAGCCCCCCAUCACCCGUCAUAGUAGGUGCCGCAGUCGGCAGUAUCGUCGGUCUCAUCGUCGUCGUGGCCGGCUUCCUACUCCUCCGGCGCCGCAACCAGAAACGAAAGGAAGCGCGCCGCGACACCACCACCUCGUUCGGCAACCUCGACUCAUCCAGCUUCAAAUCCCGGCCCGACGUAAAGAACGCCAAGAUCAGCAAACCCCUACAAAACACCAUCGAGCGCACCGACUUCGUCAUGAAGCAGCCUGGAUCCAGCACCACGACCGCCCAGGAACACUUCGACUCGAUCGACCUGUCAAACCGCGACGACGACGAGUACACCGAGGACGGCCGCAGUAGUUAUCACUACUCGGCCAUGAUCCCGCCCAUCCGGGGUCUGAGGGAUAGUCGCGCCAACUCGUGGGAUAGGCAGGUGAGCCAGGGAAUGAUUGACAUCUUUGCCGAUCCGAGGUUGACGGUAGGGGACCCAAAUGCACGUGCCACGCGGCGGGAUACCACGGCGACUACGUGGACUAACAUGAUGGGUUAUGCGGGAGGUAAACGAUGA